GGGGAUGUUGGGGAGGAGAAUGGGUGCAAAAUCCAGCAGGGGACACACGGGGUGCCCAGCAGUCCCGGCCCACUCCCUCUUACCACAGUCGUCAACGCUGAGGAGCGUGCCCGCAUGCUGGGGAUACUGCAUCUCUCAGCUAUGGACAGCGGGCUGCCCAACCCCAGUGUGCUGCUGGCCCUCAACCUGGCUGGGGACAGCAGCAAGGCCAAGCAGGAGUUGCUCGAGCGGAUCAAGAAGACAGCAGUGAAGCAAGCAAAAGACAUGUCCUCGGGCCAGGUGGCUUUGUACGCGCUGGCCCUGCUGUCCUCCUGCUGUGACCUGAGACAUAUAGAGGCACAUGGGCAGAGUGUUGACCUGCUCAGCAUCCUUCAGGAGAAGAUGGACGAGGAGGUGGCACACUGGGAGGAGGAGGGCAUCCCGCUGAGCACACUGUUCAGUAUGGGGCUGGAUGCACAAGCACUGUGUGUGACGGGAGCAGGUGGUUACCAGAGGGCUGCCACCAUCCUGAUCAAGCAGCUGCGGAGUUCCCAGAACAAGCUCUCUGUGGACGAGCAGGCCAUGAUGGCGCUGCCACUGGUGUGUGCCUGGAAUGAGAACCAGGAUAUGCGGGACCUGCUGAACACAACGCUGUCAAACGUGACCAACGAAUUCCUUGAAAAACAGAAUAAGGGAAAUGGCUUAAUUGGGAACAUCUACAGCACAGGUUUGGCCAUGCAGCUGCUGCUGGCUGCGGGCAAGUUCUAUGCCCCACAGAAGUGGGACUGCACCCAGCCUGUGGCUGCCAUCACCAGACACCACCUGGAGCAGCCCAUGGCCAUUGCUCAGGCACUGCCAGCCCUGGUGGGCAGAACCUACCUGGAUUCUGCCAGCCUGGACUGCAGCCCUGAAGCACGCACAACCACUGGCCUGCAGCUGGAUCCAACUCCGAGCCACGGCACGACAACUAAGGAAGUGAGAUCCAACAUCACAGUGGAGUACACCAUCACCAACAACUUGAGUGGACAGUUCUUCACCUAUACCACCAGGGUGGAUGUCCCAGAUGGCUCCGUGCUCCUGGUCGUGCUGGAGCAGGCAGAGAAGUCCAACAAAACUAUCUUUAGCUUCAAGACAGAAUCAACAUUCUGGGGCCCAAUGGUGGUGUCCAUCCACGGGCUGGCUGCCAGUGAGACUGACAGGACCUACUGGCAGUUCUUCAGUGGCAGUGACUCACUGCAGGAAGGGGUUGGCACAUACAAGCCGUACGACGGGGAGCACAUCCAGGCUGUCUUCAGCACCUACUGAUGGUACCGGAGGAGAAGCAGCCCUGCUGGGCACUACAACGUGGCAAUAAAGAGUUGUUUGCAGCAUGUCCUUCCUUGUGUGCUCCCACAGCCCCCUGACCAACACAACCACGCUGUGGUUCUGUGAUCUCUGAGGUCUGCUCCAAACCAACCACUCUGUGGUUCUGUGAUCUUCGAGGUCCCUCCCAACACAACCGUUCUGCUGUUAUGUGGUCCUUGUGGGUCCCUCCCAAGCUGCGACAUUUCGUGGUUCCAUGUUCCUACGUACGGUCUGGGAGCGGCCGGGGAAGCACGGGGUGAAGGAGGUCGGGCUGAGGGUUCUGUCCGGCAGAGAGCCGGAACCCGCAUUCCCUUCCCCUCAGCCGAGGGGGAAAAGGAACUGUGCGACCGGAAGUGCUCCCCGCCGAGCGGCUGA